UGACAGAAAUUUCAUUUUCGGGUGAACUAACCCUUUAAAGAGUAAAAGUAUGCCUUUAACUCUAAAUGAGGAGCACCAAAGGGUUAGGAAAUUCACAGUCUACUGAGAGGAUCGAGAGCCUCCUGCAGGAAGCAGCCUGUAUUUCUGCUCAUCACAGACGCAUUACGGUUCAGCGGAUGAACAUAGCUGUUUCUGCGCUCCAUCAGGGAUAUCAGGAUUGCAAUCAUUCCUAUUAAUCGACGGACAGAUUAUCCAAAUCUCUCAUCUGCAUUAUACUCCCGUGGAUUACACUAAACCGCUAUGGAGAAGCGGACACCCGAAAAGGCCUUGAAUAAAUGAUGCAUUUAUCAUCUUCAUGGCAAAAUAUGAAAACUGCAAGCUGGUUUUUAUUUCAGAGGAUUCCUCGCUGGAAAGUUGGUGGUGCAACAGUGCAGAACUGGACACAUUGCAAUGGUCUCUUUGUUCCUUCGCUGGAUCUACAUUCAGUGUAUAAUCAAACCCAAAAUGGAGGAGUAAAGAAGGUUUUCCUGUGAUCUGUAAAAAUGCUAGUGCAUAGUUUCAGAAUCCUUAAGGGUCGCAUUGGGAUGCGAGGAGGCCAUUUAGGGUUCAUCCAUUACCUCUCCAUAAUAGCCUUCUGUGUCUCCCUGCUUGCUUUACUCUUUAUUGACGUCAUUGAAUUGUGGCUGACCACGCUGGGCAUGAGCAAAGAAGGUCCUCCUGUAGUGGACCUUCCGCACAGUAUUCCUCCAACCCGUUCGGAAGAGUACCUGCUUAUGCCUAGCAUCCACGUCUGCCAACGUGCCAAACCUUACCUCAUCACUUUGGUGGCAACUGCACCUCAAAACAGAAAGGCCCGCCAGGCCAUUCGUGACACCUGGGGUGGGGAAGUACAAAUCAGAGGUCACCGAGUCAUGACCCUCUUCAUUGUCGGUCAGCCAUCUGACCCAGUUAUCGGCAAAGAAUUGGUGGAAGAGGCAAAGGAGCGCGGGGACCUCAUACAGGGUCGCUUCCUCGACUCCUACGGCAACUUGACCCUAAAAACUCUGUCUAUGCUAGGCUGGGCACGCCGUUUCUGUCCACAGGCUUGCUAUCUGGCGAAAGUAGAUGAUGAUGUACUGUUCAACCCUAGUGCGCUGCUGCAGUAUCUCAACCACAGCGUUAAAACGGCAGAAUGCGAACUCUCCGAGCUUUAUCUGGGUCGUGUCCACAUCCAGGUCGCACCGGACCGCGAUCCCACCAGCAAACACUUCAUGUCAGAAACCGCAUACUCUGGUGUGGUCUUUCCUGAUUACUGCAGCGGGACGGCGUAUGUGCUUUCUCGACCAGCUUUGCUGAAGCUGUCACUAGCAGCUGUCGCCAUACGCUUACCCAGUCCAUUGCCUCCAGAGGAUGUGUUUGUAGGCAUUUGUGCUCACAGAGCAGGCAUUACACCGACCCAUUCUCCGCUCUUCUCCGGAGGACCAGCUGUACCAUACAGCCGUUGUUGCUACCAAACUAUGGUGUCUGUCCACCAUACCAAGCCAAGGGACAUGGUGCAAUACUGGACGGAAGUGCACUCCACUGCCCCAUGCUCGUGGUUGGGUAUGCGGACAUCUCUUGGUGUCUGUAAAGUAAGAGCACUUCUCGGGACACUGUUGGGGAGAGACUCCUGAAAUGAAGAUACAUCGAGUAUGAAAAGCCAAAGGGAAAAGAACGUCUUUGGUUACUUAGGCCCUGUUUACACCUGGUUGUUUGAUCAGACACAUUCCCGUUUACUCCUGGUGUUUUACUCCAUCUCUUUUGUCCACUUUUGAUCACUUAUCUCCUGAUUUCUUCCAGGGGAGGGUCUGUGGCCGGGCUUUUUCAGAUCUUUCGAUCUAAUUGACAGAAUAUCCUUCUGCAUUUUACAUAUGAAUGCGAAAGGAGACAAUGGAAAAACACACGGAGAGCAGCAGGUUUAAUUUUAAUGUUAAUUAAAAUGCUGCAAGUGUGUGUUAGAGAUCAGGAAUUGUGAGAGAACAUUGUGCUUGGUAUGUUUUUUUGUCUUCAAACUAAAUUUGGUUCUUCAAAGUUUAAUGGGUUAGUUCACCCAAAAAUGAAAUUUCAGUCAUUAAUUACUCACCCUUAUGUCGUUCCACACCCAUAAGACCUUUGUUCAUCUUCAGAAUACAAAUUAAGAUGUUUUAGUUGAAAUCCAAGAGAUAUAUCACUCAUCCAUAGACACUUUCAAGGUCCAGAAAGGCACUAAAGACAUUGUUAAAACAGUCAUGUGACUGCAGUGGUUCAACCUUAAUGUUAUGAAGCAACGAGAAUUUGUUCUGUGUGCAAAAACAAAACAAAAAUAACAACUUUAUUCAACAAUCUCUUCUUUUCUGUGUAAUUCUCAUAUGUUGUUUACGUUCAGCACUUCCAGAAUGGCGAAUCAUUAUUGGCUGGCUACUGCGUUAGCAUCACACACAUGCGUCUUGCUGAUCA